GUCCGCGGUCCACGUCAACAUUCUCCGCGCCCGGUGGUGACCCGUGUUGCCCGUCCGUCUUGUGCUACCUCCUACCGUGGCUGUGAUCACCUCGUCACCAUGAAUCGCAAGCUUGUGAAAGGCACAACACCGCAACACCGUUAGCAUGUGAAAAUCCACUCCUUGCCGUCACCCUCACCCUGCCGUUCACAUCGGCUAUUCUGGUCUCGGGGAAACGCCUCUGCGACCGCCGCCAUACACGCGCACGCGCCCACGCCCACGCACACGCCCACGCACGACGGAAAGGCAAAAGACGGAAGAAAGAGGCAGCAGGAAUAGAGAGACAGAGAGCGAAACAUGCCGGGCAUGAGUGGACCACCGCCAGUGCCCCAAAAGGACAACUACGUCCCCAUCACGCAGGCGAAGCCCUUCGUAUCCACACUACGAUAUCCCUCCAACAGAAAAACCAUCUACGACCGCAACCUCAACCGCGCCAAAACCAGCGAAGCCUCUCUCGCCUCCUUCGCCUACCUCUUCAACACCCUCAUCACCUACCACCACGCCAAAUCAGGCUCCGUCAGCGAAAUCGAAACCCGUCUCAACCGCGCAGGAUACCCUAUUGGCAUCAAAAUGCUCGACUUGGUACUCUACAGACUUCCACCACGCACGGCGUCACGUCCCACUCGGAUGUUGGAUUUGCUGCAAUUUAUCCAUGGAGCGCUGUGGAGAGCGCUGUUCAAUCGGAGUGCGGACGCGUUGGAGCAGAGUAAUACGAAGAAAAAUGAGUAUAUGAUUGUGGAUAAUGAGCCUUUGGUGAAUACUUUUAUUAGCAUUCCCAAAGAAAUGAGUCAGUUGAAUUGUGCAGCGUUUGUGGCGGGGAUUAUUGAAGGUGUGUGUGAUGCUGCGGGAUUUCGUACGGAAGGGGUUACUGCGCAUUGGGCGGGAGAAGGGGAUGAGAUGUGGCCUGGUAAGACGAUUUUUUUGUUGAGGUUCAAGGAGAGUGUUUUGGAGCGCGAGGAUGCGAUUAAGGCGGGAGGCGGUUGAGAAGCCUUGGACUGCAUCAAAGGGGGGAAAUACUGGGAUAAUAAGGGGACUUUGCAUUUCCCGUGGCAGACAUGAGAGCAGGCAAGAACGCAGACAUACGAUUGGCCUGUGCAGAUGAGCCGGGCAGGAGAGCACUGGGCUGGCGGGAGAAUAUCGUUUCGCAUGUGAUGCCAAGGACGGAGAAGACAUGGCGUCUCCUUCUAUUCGAACGAGAAGGAGAAGAUUAAGGUAUUAUUGGGAGGCGUGGGAAUCAGGACCACGAAAACGAGCCGCAGAGCCCAUUAUUCUCGUCUCUCCACGUCAAGGGGGUGGGACCCACCUUUACAUGCGAAGGAGUGUGUUGGCAAGCAUAUGACAAUGCUCCAAAAAGAAAUCUGCCCUAUCAGGUACGGAUUUUAUCGAAUCAUCCCAAUCGGUAGUCCUACAGGCGUCGCAGCUCGCAUCCAGCCUCCCAGCUCGACAUAGUUGCGGGAAGUGCUUGCAAUUGCGUUGCUCGCAUCCUCUGCUGCUGCUGCUGCAGCAAAAAUGCCAUCCUCCUGCAUGACCACGUCUUCUGUUCUCUCAUCAUCAUCAUCAUCAUCAUCAUCAUCAUCAUCAUCAUCAUCCUCCUCCGUCCGAGACUCAGCGACACCUUCCUCCUCCUCCACAAGAUGCCGCCAAUUCCCUCUAAACUGCACACUACCCAAAUCGAGUAAACGCCUUGAAAGCCACCUCGGCCAAUACCCCGUAGCCAUACAACACGCAGCCAUCAUCUCCCCCAUGCACGCAUUCCGCUGCUGAGGAGAUACGGCGUAGUCGAGCAUGUGUAUGCACCAUUGGCACGAUGCCUCGUUGUUCGCUUUUUGUUCUUUCGCGUCAUCGUCAUCUUCUUCUUGUUCUUUUCUUCCUCCUUGAUUAUUCUGAGGAGCUGCUACUACUAUUACUCCUUCCACGAGGCGAGUGCAUAUGGUAAGGAGGAAGUGGUUGGGACUGUGCGUUGCUAGGUCGCGCAAUAAGCUGUCCCAGAGGAGAUAUGCGCCGUUUAAGGGGGCGCCGAGUUCUCGUUUCGAAGGAAUCAGAAAUCGAUCUUCUACAAGCACAUCUGCCACAGCUCGUAUUCGCAAUU